UCCAAGCAAACAUGGAAAAAUUGGAGCAAUGGAUGCUGCAAAGUUUUUGAAAAAAUCGUAUUUAAGUGAUGUAAUACUUAGUAAAAUAUGGGACAUUGCUGAUCCAAAUUCUCGUGGUUUUUUAGAUAAAGCAGGGAUGUUUGUAGCUUUAAAAUUGUGUGCUUUAGCUCAGCAAGGUUAUAAGCUGAAUAUUGGUAAUAUUUACUUAGAUGUUUUGCCACCACAAAUGGGAGAGUCGAUUCAUACCAAACUUACUACUUACUCUCAAUCUACACUUUCAUCAAGUAAUAACUAUUGGUUAAUCAGUGCAUCAGAACGUAUAAAAUAUGAGCAAUUGUUUCAAAGUCUUGAACCAGUCAAUGGAUUAAUACCAGGAAAUAGGGUCAAAGGUGUGCUAAUGGAUAGUAAUUUGCCAUUUGAAACUCUUGGAAAAAUUUGGGACUUAGCUGAUAUCGAUAAAGAUGGAAAAUUGAAUCAACAUGAAUUCACUAUUGCAAUGCAUUUAGUAUAUAAAGCACUGGAGAAAAAGACCGUACCAAACACAUUACCCAUUGAGCUAUUAAAUAGUAGUGAUGUAAAUGUAUUAGAUAUAAAUUCUAAAGAACAGUUCUAUAUUGCACCCAUAUUAGAAAUUCCAUCUUCAAAUAUACAGUCUUCUAUGCAGAAUAAAAGUAAUAGUGAGUGGAUAGUAUCUAUAGAAGAUCAAAAUGCUGCUGAUAAAUUAUUUAUACAAGCUGAUAAAGACUUAGAUGGUUUUGUAUCAGGCGCUGAAAUUAAAGAUAUUUUUAUGCAAAGUGGAUUAUCUCAAACUAUUCUUGCACGUAUUUGGAGCCUUUGCGAUAUCUGUCAAAUUGGAAAAUUAAAUAAUGAGCAAUUUGCACUAUCAAUGUUUCUCAUAAAACAAAAAAUUAAUGGCAUUGAUUUACCAAUCGAAUUGACUCAUGAAAUGAUUCCUCCGUCACUUAGAAAGAAACACGCAGAAUAUACCAUUGAAAACAAUAAUAUAUGUGGUUAUUCAAGUUCAGAACUUAAUAUGAUAGGUAAAGAUAUUAGUGAAAUAAUUCGCGAAAAACUUGCAAUAGAACAAGACAUAUCUCAAAAAGAAGCAGAUAUUAAAAUUAAAACUGGUGAAAUAAAAAGCUUACAAAGUGAACUUGAUACUCUUGCUGCGACAUUAAAACAACUUGAUAAUCAAAAGGGUGAAGCAAAAAAAAGGCUGAAUGAUCUAAAAGUUCAGGUUGAUAAACUGAGACAACAGGCUGCUGAUCAGGAAACUAAUUUACGAACUCAAGAAGACGAAUUAAAUAAUAAACGUCAAGAAAUCGAAUGUUUAAAACUAACAGAACAAAAUUUAGACGCACAACAACAUAAAUAUAAAAAUCGUUUAAAUUAUUUAUCAGAGCAGUUACAAAAUAUUCAACUGAAAAUUAGUCAAACCAAAGCCAGAUUGACACAACUUGAAGAAAAGCAACAUCAAAUUGUUGAUAUUAUUUCACAAUAUGAUUCUGCUUUGACUACUGGAAACGUUGCUUAUAUACCGGACGCAUCAUUAUUAUUUAAAGUAAAAAUAGAAACAGCAAUAUAUAAUCUUAAUACCACAACCGAUUUGGAAAGUGCCAAGACAGAUAGUGAAUAUCAAAAGCAGUUUGAUAACCUUGAAGAUAAUAAAUUUAAAUCUACAGGCAAAGACAAUUUUGAUGAAGUGCAUCAUCGAUUUAAAACAUGUUUUCAAUCGGAAGGAGAAAAGAAAUUUAGUGACUUACAUCCAUUUAACCUCAACGCCAAAGAAUUAUAUGAUCCAUUCAAUGAUGGUGUAAUACUAUGUAAAAAAACAUCUGAUUCAUUACAGAUAACAGAUCCAUUUGGUGAUGAUCCAUUUGCUGCAUUGCAUGCUCCAAUUCGUCCCGAAAGUCCGAGUCCAGCUUUACCACCAAAAAAAAGCAAGCAACCACCUCCCAGACCUGCACCACCAAGGUCAAUUCAAGGUCCACAAAACUUAUUAAAAAAAUCAUCUUCAAUCGUAUCUAUAAUGAAUACUUCUGACCCUUUUAAUAACACUAAUGCAAUUAUUAAUACUAGUAAUGCAUUUGAGUUCGCUGAUUUUGCUAAAUUCAAUCAAAAGCUUGACCCAGUUACUGCAGAGAAUAGAAUCCACAGAUUAAAUAGAAAUAUUAAAAUUGAUUUAUCUAUUGUAAAAAAGUUAUCUGAUUUCGAAGAAGAUCCUUUUCAAGAUUAUAGAUAUGAAGACUUAUCAAUGUUAUCAGAUCCAUUUGAUGAUAACGUCGGGAAUCUAGAAGUUCGUAAAAUCAGUCGAAAAGAUCUAAAAACUGAAGAGUAAAUUCAAACUUCAAGUAAUUAGACAUGCAUUAGAGAUGUAAACACAUAAACUAUAAUAUGAAAAUAUAAAUUUUAUGAAAAAAAAGAUUA